AUGUCGAGUUCUUUUGAGAAGUCCGUGAAAGGCGCGACAAAGAUUAAGGCUGCCCCUCCCAAAUCAAAAUACAUCGAACAUAUCUUAAUAGCCACUCAUUCGGGCGAAGCGGGAGUCGCUGAAGUAUUCCGAGCUUUACAAAAUCGUCUGCGAGAUUCGACAUGGACGGUGGUAUUCAAGAGUUUGAUCACAGUCCAUUUGAUGAUCAGAGAAGGGUCUCCGGAUGUAACAUUGGCAUAUCUUGCGCGGCACAGGAACAUGCUAGCAAUAAGCAGUUUCACUGAUGGCAAUACCAUAGAGAUCGUGCUAACAGAGCAUGGCAAAGUGCAAACCCAGGGACGAAAUAUUCGACAUUACACGAACUAUUUGACCGAGCGCGCGAGAUCAUUUCGAGACACAAAAUGCGACUUUGUACGUGGUGCUGAGGGAAGACUGGAGAAGUUAUCGGUGGAGAAAGGGCUGUUGAGAGAGACGGAAUCCGUACAGCAACAGAUCACAUCAUUACUGAAAUGCGAUGUUUUGGAUAACGAACCCGAGAAUGAGAUUACGAUUACAGUCUUCCGGAUGCUAGUAUUGGAUCUUCUGGCUUUGUUUCAUGUUAUAAACCAGGCGAUGAUCAACAUAUUGGGUCACUUCUUUGAGAUGUCAAAACCCGAUGCAGAACGAGCUAUGGAAAUAUACAGAAAUUUUACCAGACAAACGGAUUUUGUUGUUUCAUACCUCAGUGUUGCCCGACAAUAUGAGCACCAAACGCGAGUCGAGGUACCAAAACUCAAGCACGCACCUGUUAACCUUGGAAAGCAGCUAGAGGACUAUUUGAUGGAUCCGGAUUUUGAGGUUAAUAGAAGGCAAUAUCUUGCAGAGCAGGAUUCUAGCAAGGGGGGAAAGAGUGGGACAAAUAAGCCAUUUGCAGUGCCUCCGAAGAACGAAAGCGAUGGUAGGGCCGCAACUGGGCGCUCUUUUUCUGAUGCAGGACAAACAUCUUCUUCGAACGCUACCACACAACCUCCUAAAGCUCCCGCUGCAGAUUUAAUUGACUUUUUCGACUCUAUCGACACACCGCAGCCAAUGGCUACUCAAGUUGGAAUACAACAGCCACCUCAGUUCAACGGAGAUCCUUUCCAAAUGCAGCAGCAACAGCAGUUUCAACAGAAUGGAUUCAUUCAACAACAGUCGGGCUUUCAAGAUCCAGGACAGUUUGCACAACAGCAAGGCUUUAAUAAUGCCUUCAAUAUGCAGCCACAGGUACCUGCACAACAACAACAGCAGCAGCAGCAACAACAACCACAGCCCAUGCAGCCACAUUUCACGGGUGCUGGAUUUGGUGGCUACACUCCUCAACAAGCUUUCCAACCAACAGGUCUCCCAUCCAUCCCACAAGAAUCGACUAUAAAUUUCCAACAACAGGGACAACAACACCUGAAUUUACAAGCUCCUCAGCAGACGAAUCCUUUCCGGCAAUCGAUGACGACGAAUACUACCGGAAUGUCAGGACCUUCCUUCCCGGUAUCACCCCCUAUUACAUCGCCAGUAAUUCGGCAAUCAACAAAUCCUUUUGCCAUGUCAAUUUCACCGCAAUCACAGCCUUAUACACCACCACCUGACCAGCAGUUCCAGCAACAACCAAUGGCAGCUCCUCUCAGGUCGAUGCAAACAGGCACUAAUCCUUUUGCAAAGAAUCUAGCUAUUCAACCAUCAGAACGGCCUCAAACAAGUGGUGGCAACCUUGCGCCACAACCUACUGGAAAUACAAAUCCAUUCCGACAAAGUCAAUUCGUCAAUACGGCUACAGGUAUGGGCUGGCAAAACGCCCAGCAACCGAUAGGAGGUGGUUUAGACCAUAUUCCGACGGUUCCUGUGUUUCCUCGACCUGGGCAACAACAAGCCUGGCAGCAAUAA